AUGUAUGACUUCUUCGCCGACCCUCGUGUCUCUAAGACGUAUAACUGGGUUCUCCAAAGCGUCGGUCUGCAGAUGGCCCAAGUCGAGUAUGCUACCGGCGUUCAAGAUCUGCAAAAGUGGUGGUGGGCGUGGGUACCAGACUACUUCCAGAUGGUAGACGAUUAUUCCAAAGGUUGGGCCAUCGAAGCUAUUCGAGCCGUUGCAGGAGUGUACGCCGCGGCUCGUACUGAUGGGCGGAAUCUGAAGACAAAUGAUGCCGUCGUGACCGCGCUCAGCGAAUUCCAGAGCAAGAUCCAGACGCUGAGCAUGCCGAAGAUCACGGUGACAGAGACUACCAUCUCCGACUUAGAUUCUCUAGACUAG